CGCUGUUGGUUCCCUGUAGACGGCCAGAAUCUCCUCCCCUCACCAACCAGCGGCGGAGACGUGUUCAGCGUUUUCCUGGCCUUGUCUCACGCAGUUCGAUGUUUAGCUUUCGGGCCACUCGUGAUAGCGACACAGUGCCAACGUGUCUCCGUGGACCCCACCGCUUACGGGGGUUCGAAAGGCGGGAAGCCCAGUUUUGUCCUCCGCAGCAUGAGAGAGAGAAAGAAAAAAAAAGCAAACAGCCACAGAAAGUGUCUCUCUCUCUCCUCCCAAAACCCAGAGAGCGAUUUUGUGCAGUUGGGUAGUUUCAGUUUGUGAAGAGAAAGGGACUCGCUUUCUGUGUGAAAUUCAAGCUUUGGGACUUGUUUUUUUUUUUUUUUGUUCUUUCGGUCGCCAUUUUUUGCAAACAUUUCAACUCAGUAGUUUCAGUAGUGGGUUUAAACUUAAAAGAGUAAAAAAAAACAAAGAGUGUUUUGAUUUGAAGAGAAAAAAAAUAUGCGAAUCGGUGACGAAACGAUUCGUUGCGUCUUUUCUCUGAAGAUUUUCCCAUAAAAAAAUUCGAAUUUUAUCUGAUAUUCUCCCUCUCUAUCUCUCUCCCCUCCUUCAUGACUCCUUGAAGCUUUCUCCUUGAUGGGGUUUUCUCACUUUCCCGCAGAGCUGCAAGCGUUUCUCGGCGGCGUUGCAUUUUCUGCGCCUCCAUGUUGCACGGUGGCUGAAGCCCUGAGAAAAAUAGAACAAAAAUUUGAGCUUUUGAUGCCAAAGCAGCUGUUGCUUUGAGUAUUUUUGGUUGGAUUCUGAAGAAAGAUUGCAGCUUUGAUGUUGGUUUUGCUAAUUUUCAUCUGGGUUUUACUGGGUUUCAGUUGAUUUUUGCUGGGAUUUUUUUUGGAUUUCUAUUGGAAUGGAUAGAAGAAGAAGAAGAAGAAGCACCUCGGAAAUGAACAAUCCAAUCCCAAGGCUUCUCCUUUUGCUAUUGAUUUUCUGCUGCCGGCAAGGGGCUGUGCAGUCCCAAGAAACCGAGCCUCCGUCACCGGCGAAGCAUCCCCACUCGAAGAACGAGCUCCAAAGAAUCAUUCUGAGCAUCGUGUUGGGAGUCCUGACCGGACUAAUUUGUGCCCUCCUCACUGCACUCUUAGUCCGGUGCUUUGUCCGCUACAUCAGCAGAACCCCAAUUCUCAAAGGGCCCGUCAUAUUCUCCCCGAAGAUCGACCCCAAAACGCUCCAAUUAGCACUAGCUAGUGAAAACCGGUUGCUGGGUUCUAGCCCCAAUGGGAAGUACUGCAGGACUGUUCUGGACACUGGGCUGAUUAUUGCAGUCAAGCAGCUCGGACCCUUUUCAGAGUGUGGCUCGCCGGAGGCUCAGAGCAAGGCGGCGAAGCGGCGGAUACAGCAGGAGCUUGAAGUGCUUGCUGGCCUGAGACACAGGCAUUUGAUGAGCCUGCGGGCUUAUGUUCGCGAACACGAUAGGUUCUCUUUGGUUUAUGAUUUUAUGCCUAAUGGGAGCUUGGAGGAUGCUAUGAAUAGAGUUAGAGAAACCCAGCUGCAGCUUAGUUGGGAAGUUCGGCUUCGGAUUGCUGUCGGGGUAAUUAAGGGGCUUCAGUAUCUGCAUUCGUAUGUUCCUCAGAUUAUGCAUUGCAAUUUAAAGCCUACAAAUGUUAUGUUGGAUUCGGAGUUUGAGCCGAGGUUGGGAGAUUACGGGUUGGCCAAGCUUGCGCCUUAUUUGAAUGGAGCAACAUCUGGCUACAGUGCUCCAGAGUGUUUCCAGAAUGGCAGGUACACGGAUAAGAGCGACAUUUUCAGCUUUGGGAUGAUAUUGGGCGUUUUGUUAACCGGAAGAGAUCCAACCGAUCCCUUCUUUGGGGAAGCAGCUAGUGGUGGAAGUUUAGGGCGCUGGUUGCGGCACUUGCAGCAAGCAGGCGAGGCACGGGAAGCAUUAGAUAAGAGUAUAAUAGGGGAAGAAGGGGAGGAAGAUGAUGAGAUGUUGAUGGCAGUGCGAAUCGCAGUUGUAUGCCUAUCCGAUCUGCCCGCAGAGAGACCCUCAAGCGAUGAACUUGUUCACAUGCUAACCCAACUGAACAGUUUUUGAUCAGAUGUAAGUAUUUUAUGUUGAAGCUCCUAUUUCUGUAGAUUUUGGGGAACUUAGACUUCAGAAAGAUUUGCUUCUGCAAUCUGCACAUUUCUCUUAGAAUUGUAUACUUUCACUGUUUAAAUCUGUGGAUAUUCACUGUGGCGAAGAAGCUGGAAGUCAAGGAAGUAUCGAACUUUUGGAGUAAAAGUGAGGAGAUUAACAAUGUGGGGGCACAUAUCAAUUAUUUUUGUUUUUCACCUCCCAAUGAUUGUAGGGCUUUGCUGGCUGUUUUCAAAAUCACGGGAAAGAUCGUUCUACCUCUUCACCCAUCUGAGAUUGCCAGCGACUCGUAUAAUUCCAAUGUCGAUGUCGUAGUCCCAUGUAUUGGAAUUUGGUGGUCUACUUACCUUCUUUUUUUUUUUUUUUUUUUUUUUUUUUUUGUCAAACGAUAGAUUUGUUAGAUUAGAGAGCUGGCAUGAUUCAAACACGCCGUGGUGUAAUGUAACACUCCUCUCCACAACGGUGGUUGAGGGUUGCUUGUUGGCUUUUUAAUGUAUUUGGAAUAACUAGACAUAAUAUAACUGUAAAAUUAAGGGUUUGUUUGGUAUGCAAUUUGAAUUAAUUUUUUUUUUAAACGUAAAAA